GUGACAUGAGUGAAAGCAAAGCCAAGAAGAUUGAAAUCAAGGAUGUGGAUGGGCAGACGUUGAGUAAGCUGAUUGACUACAUAUAUACAGCUGAAAUUGAGGUGACAGAAGAAAAUGUCCAGGUGCUGCUGCCAGCAGCAAGUUUGUUACAACUAAUGGAUGUCCGGCAAAAUUGCUGUGAUUUUCUUCAGUCUCAGUUACAUCCCACCAACUGCCUUGGCAUCAGAGCAUUUGCAGAUGUGCACACCUGCACAGAACUCCUGCAGCAGGCCAAUGCUUAUGCAGAGCAGCAUUUCCCAGAGGUGAUGCUGGGAGAAGAAUUUCUAAGCCUUAGUCUGGACCAGGUGUGUAGCUUAAUAUCCAGUGACAAGCUUACAGUUUCUUCGGAAGAAAAGACAGUUGAAGAAGAAGCUUUGAUAAAGAACAACAACACAUGUAAAGACUUCCUUAUUGAAGCUAUGAAGUACCACUUGCUGCCUUUGGAUCAAAGGCUGUUGAUAAAAAAUCCAAGGACUAAGCCAAGGACUCCAGUCAGCCUGCCCAAGGUUAUGAUUGUUGUGGGUGGCCAAGCCCCUAAAGCCAUCCGGAGUGUUGAAUGUUAUGAUUUUGAAGAAGAUAGAUGGGAUCAGAUUGCAGAACUUCCUUCAAGGAGAUGUAGAGCAGGAGUGGUUUUCAUGGCUGGAAGUGUUUAUGCUGUGGGAGGCUUUAAUGGUUCCCUUCGAGUUCGGACCGUCGAUGUGUAUGAUGGAGUGAAAGACCAGUGGACAUCCAUUGCUAGCAUGCAGGAGCGCCGGAGCACGCUAGGCGCAGCUGUGCUCAAUGACCUCCUCUAUGCAGUGGGGGGUUUUGAUGGUAGCACAGGCCUUGCAUCAGUGGAAGCCUACAGCUAUAAAACAAAUGAGUGGUUCUUUGUGGCACCCAUGAACACAAGGAGAAGCAGUGUGGGAGUGGGUGUUGUGGAAGGGAAGCUGUAUGCUGUUGGCGGUUAUGAUGGGGCCUCCCGCCAGUGCCUCAGUACUGUGGAACAAUACAACCCAGCAACCAAUGAGUGGACAUAUGUGGCAGACAUGAGCACUCGCCGCAGUGGUGCAGGAGUUGGUGUACUCAGUGGGCAGCUAUAUGCCACAGGUGGGCAUGAUGGACCCUUGGUGAGGAAGAGCGUGGAGGUUUAUGAUCCUGGGACAAAUACCUGGAAGCAAGUUGCAGAUAUGAACAUGUGUCGGCGAAAUGCAGGUGUAUGUGCAGUGAAUGGGCUCUUGUAUGUGGUUGGAGGUGACGAUGGUUCCUGUAAUCUGGCGUCGGUGGAGUACUACAACCCUGUCAGCGACAAGUGGACACUGCUGCCCACAAACAUGAGCACGGGGAGGAGUUAUGCAGGUGUUGCUGUGAUUCAUAAGCCAUUAUGACAAAAAUUCGCCCUGCCAAGAGGUGGAGGACAGGAGGGAAUGCUGCUUACGUUUCAGAACACUGUGGACAAGAACUGAUUUGUUCCAACUUGGCAUGAUGUCAUAUUCCAAGGGACGAGAAGUCACAGCUAGAGCCUAGGCCCCGCUCCGGCUUGGCCGUGAGCAGUGACACAGUGUAAGAACACCCUCUUCCCUGCUCCCUCCCCCAUCACACACCCCACCCCCAUCUCGCCUUUGUGCCCCCUGACCCUAUCCCGCAAGUAGCCUCCAAAGAGAGGCCCAGCGUGUUUUUCAUUAUUUCCACAAUGGCACUGGAGAAACUGUAAUUCCUCUGUGUAAAUCACCGUGCUUUAAAAGGUAGGUGGAUAAAAAGUCUACUGGAUUUCUUUACUACUGAUGCUUCAACUAUGCUAAAAUUCAAGGGAUGGAAAAUGCCUGCUCUGGCCUCACUCCAUCAGUCUGGACAGAAGAGACUCCCCAACCGAAGAGGUUAUCUUCUAGAGACAGAAUCAGGUGAUCGAUGGUCUCCUGAGGAAAACUGGGAACAUGGGAGCCUCUGUCAGAAAGAACUGAGGACUGGACAGGACAGUGACUGUAUAUAUGUACUUGCCUAUUGUAAAUUUCUUUUAUAGAAGAACUGUGGCAUUUUUGGA